AUGCAGCAGUCUAAACUUCAGGAUGAUAUCGAUCUUGAGGCUCGUGGCUAUCAGCGCCAGAUGCCCCGACAAUUUUCAACAUUCAGUCUUGUUGCCCUUUCUUUCAGUCUGACGUGCACUUGGUCCGGUACUGGCUCAUCAAUUGGUAUCUCUUUACAAGAUGCAUCAGCAGCUGGAACCAUAUGGUCCCUUCCCGUAGCUGCUCUCAUGACGGCUUUUCUAUCAGCUGGCGUGGCUGAGCUGGCAUCGGCUUAUCCAGUCGCCGGUGCUCAGUACUACUGGGCAUUCUGUCUUGCAUCCAAGGACUGGCGAGCCUUUGCUUCUUAUAUGAAUGGCUGGUUGAGUAUACUGGGAUGGUGGCUAGCUAGCGGUGCGGCCUGCAAUUUCAUCGCAUCCUUGAUUCUGUCAAUCGUGGUUUUGUGGUAUCCAGAUUACGAGAUCCAGAGCUGGCAACAAUGGCUGGUCUAUGUUGGGAUAGUGUGGCUUGCAAUUGCACUGAAUACCUGGGGAUCACAGCUGCUGCCCCUCUACAAUCGGUUUAAUUUCCUCGUUGCUUGCGUCACUCUCGCUGGAACAACAGUCACACUUUUUGUUUGCAGUCGAAACAACCACGCAGCUCCUAAGUGGACCUUUGGCGAUGCCACGAAUGGCACAGGGUGGAAGAGUGAAGGGCUCGCCUUCCUGCUAGCCAUCACCAAUGCCGUAUACGCAUUCCUUGGAACUGACUGUGGGGCACAUGUUUGUGAAGAGAUUCAUGACCCUGCUCGCAACACCCCUAAAGUCAUCUUAUAUCCGGUUUUGAUGGGUCUAGCAACUGCCUUUCCAUUUGCUGCUGCUUGCAUGAACGCGAUUACCGACCUGGACGCUGUUCUCAACUCGCCGUCUGGUGUUCCCUUGAUUGAGAUAUAUUAUCAAAGUACUGGAUCCAAAGGAGCAUCGUCUAUUCUACUGGCCCUUUUUGCCUUCUGCUUCUUUGGGUGCACUGUUGGUAACGGCACUACUUGCUCGAGAACAAUCUGGGCCGUUUCGCGUGAUAACAUGCUUCCAUUCAGUGGUAAAUGGUCCAUUAUAAACCCCCAUUUCCAGAUUCCACUUAAUGCACUUUGUCUAAGCGGUGCUGUCGUCUCGUUAUAUGGCUUGAUCUUUCUCGGUUCAUCAACCGCUUUUUCUGCAAUGGUUGGUGCUGCUGUUAUCUUCUUGCAAACUUCGUGUGCACUGCCACAGGCCAUUCUUCUGUGUCGUGGUCGCCAGAUUUUGCCUGAGCGACCCUUUUCUCUUGGCCGAUUUGGUUUCGCUAUCAACCUAAUCUCGGUGCUUUGGGUGAUUCUUCUUGAUAUCCUCUGUUUUCUCCCGACCGAGAUGCCGGUGACCAAAGAGAACAUGAACUAUGUGUCUGUCGUGUCGAUUGGUCUGACCACGUUUGUGUUUGUGCUCUAUUUAUUCUUCAAAAGAGGGCAGUACCUUGGGCCCCGGCUACCAGACGAGAAUUUUGAAGCAGUAUCGUAUCAGAUAAGUGAAGGACAAGAACCUGACACCGUUGGCCUCGAGGAUCCCGGUAAGAAAAUUUCCAAGAACGAGUGA